AUGAAGGAGAAGAACAAGACGAUACCGAAGGUAUCGAAGAUUAGAGACAAGAAAAUCAAAGACAGAAUAAAAAGAGCUAUAGUUGUACGAGAAAUUAGGAUUGCCCUAAAAAUGAUAGAAAAAUUGCCUAACAGUGAUCGAACAAAUCGAGAUAAAAUUCUAAAGAGACUUAGAAAAUGGUUACGUAUAAGAGGAUCACAGAGUUCGUUUGCACUUACAAAGAGAAAUUUCAUGACCUUAUGGAAAGGCUUUUUUGAUUGUAUAUGGAAUGCAUCGAACAACAUAUCAAUCCAGGAAGAGCUGGCAAAGUCAUUCAGUAAGUUUGUGCGCUGCUUGACAACAAGAAAAACAAUUAUACUUUACACUAGCUGUGCUUUAAAGGCGCUUGCUAUCGAAUGGUUUGACAUAGAUCAUCGUAAACUAAAUUUAUUCUCUAUGUUAGCCGAGAUGAUUAUUCGUCAAAUGUUUGUAGUUUGUAAAAAUAAAUCGUGGAAUAUAGAAUGGGUAACAGAAUUCGCAAAAGUGUCUACGCAACUCUUUUUACAUGAAAAAAACGAAAGAUUUAUUAUGUAUAUGGCAAGGAUAUAUGUGGAGGAGAGUGCCAAGAUUUGUGGAAGGAAUACAUAUCUACCAGAUGGUGUAAUCCGCGAACUUUUUACACCCUUCAUUGAGUACAUAAGAAGAAAAGAGAAGCAAAAGCUGAAAUCAUACGACAUUUAG